AUGAAACAAACCAAAGGAGGAUUUAUGUCCUUCAAUAAUUUCUUGUCCACAAGUGAAAAUCAUCAAGUGCCCGUUAAAUUUGCUCGAGAAGGAGCAUCGGAAAAUCCCAGUAUGGUUGGCAUCCUCUUUAUAAUGACUAUUGAUCCUGAUGUAUGUACAAAAUCAAAAAUUCCAUUUGCUGAUGUUAGUCAAGUUGGCUUUUUUGAAGGCCAAGAAGCUGAAAUUCUUUUUACAACACAUACAAUAUUUCGAAUCGAUAAAAUUCAACAAAUUCAUGACGAUCAUACUGAUCGUCUUUGGAAAGUUCAUCUUACCCUUGUGGGUAACGACAACCACGAGCUAAAUACACUUACAGCACACGUACGCGAUGAGGUCAACUUGGCAGCACCAAUACGAGGAUGGUCUCAACUAGCUUUCAUACUUCUUAAAGUGGGUGAGCCUGCAAAAGCUAAAAAACUCUACAAAAUACUUCUCCAAAAGGCAACUUCGGAUAAAGAGAGAUCAGAUUACAAUAAUUACCUUGGUCGAGCAUAUGCGGAAAUGGGCGAGUACUCGAAAGCACUUUCAUCGUUCGAACAAUCACUUGAAAUCCGAAAAAUAACUCUCCCUCCGAAUCAUCCCGACUUGGCUUCGUCCUACAACGGCAUCGGUAUGGUGUAUGAUAAAAUCGGCGAGUACUCGAAAGCACUUUCAUCAUACGAACGAUCACUUGAAAUCCGAAAAAUAGCUCUCCCUCCCAAUCAUCCCGACUUGGCUUCUUCCUACCUCAACAUCGGUAAUGUGUAUUCUAAAAUGGGCGAGUACUCGAAAGCACUUACAUACUACGAAAAAGACCUGGAGAUCACUCUGAAAGCUCUCCCUCCGAAUCAUCCCGACUUGGUUUCUUCCUACAACAACAUCGGUAUAGUGUAUUAUAACAUGGGCGAGUACUCGAAAGCACUUUCAUCGUACGAACGAUCACUUGAAAUAAAAAAAAUUGCUCUCCCUCCGAAUCAUCCCGACUUGGCUUACUCUUACAACGGUAUCGGUUUGGUGUAUGAUAACAUGGGCGAGUACUCGAAAGCACUUUCAUAUUUCGAAAAGGCGCAAGACAUCUGGAAAAAAUCACUACCUUCAAAUCAUCCACAUAUUGCACUUGUGAAAAGAAACAUUGACAAUGUAAAAAAGAAAAUGUAA